CGGUCAGAUGGUAUCUCAGCUGUAAUUUUCGUGGGUAAAUUCCGUUGCGUAAUAGUCUAGAAUGCCGGAGACAAAUAUAUAAAAGCCUAUACGUACAUAAUUUAACUGUUUUGUUUUCAAGAGGAUAGAAGACGAUUGAAUUAUUUAUUACACGGAUGAAACAUGGAUAAUUAUAAUGACAAUAUUUCGAUCAUAAGUUUAAACAGUUCAAGGAAAGGACUGUUGGCAAUGCCACAGGAUGAUCAGGUGAACUACCUGAAUAGCAUAUUUGAGAAUGCUCCACCAGACAUUUGUUUUCUCCCCGGCGACGACAAGAUGGCAAAACUGAAUGUGAUUCGCGGUUAUAAACAAUUCACAAUCCCAAACGCAAAGGAUACUGUCCUUUUAUAUGACACUAGUAGGAUAACAAUGAAAAAACCUAAUGUGAGUUUUAAUUCAUUUGGGCCAAUGCCUGGAUUAGACUUUAAUAAAAUGGUGGUUCCGCAGGUUGAAGUCUUCACAUUAAAACCGUGUCAACGCGUGGUAAAAGAAUUUUCAAUAGUUUCAUGGACAUUUGACUUUUUUGAAACUGCUCCUGUACAACCCGAAACACUCGUAGAAAGUAUCAUCAUAUUUGCUCAACAGUUGGCUAAGAUUACGAGAAUACCGGUUCUAAUCGGCGGCGAAAUGAGCAUUGACCACAGGAAGCUCAAUGAAAUAGUCAAAAAAGUGUCCAAAGACAGCCAGGAAGAAUUCCUUGCCUCAAUACACCCAGAAAUGUCAGAAAAUGAGUACCUUCCGUCGAUGACAAAAGCAUCUUCCAGAAACCAGCGCCAUCUGUUUAUGAUGAACGUGUACAGAUGUGAGGCAAAUGGGGCAAACGGGAGCGUAGAACAAUCGGUUGGGGGAAACACAUCGGACCAAGUUGUAGCGGAUUGUUUCAUAGCGUCGAAAACGCUUCACCUCACUGAGCCUACCUUCCUAGAUUUUAAUGAGGUUACAGGACGCAAAAUUCGCAUGGAAUCGUUGCAGAAAUAUAAGCCAACACAAAGUUCUAUGGAAAUACCUGUAAGACCUCCAAAGCAUAAUGGUGGUUAGAGAAACAAGUUGUUACAAUCACACUGAUUGUCACAGUUUCGAAAUUGUCUUACAUUCCAUGUAGAGAUUGUGUGUAUGACUGUAUAUUCAGUAGAUCAGACUGAUUGUGCCCGUAGUUUAUAAUUUUAGAAUUUAUAUGUGCCAAAACGUUCAAAAAGUCUAAGAAACAAAACUGUUUUAGUAUGUUUUGAUAUUUAUAUUAUGAUCACUUGGUAUUCAUAAUGUUUUCCACAUGGAUAGUAUUUUUGUAAACUUGUCAAUUCAUUUAUUUUUUUGUAUUUUACUAUGCUUCAUGGGCCGUGGCAUUUACAUCUUGAUACAACAACGUGACUCAUACUUUCAGCAGAUACAGAUAUUUAAAGGUGUAAUAAAUUAUUUUGAGUGCAAUAACAGCUCACUAAAGUAAAUCAUUAUUUUAUUUUGUCAAUUUAUAAAAUGUCCAAAUUCUCACAAAGUUCAUUCAUAGUUUUCUUAAUUGUAAGUAGGCUCAUCAGAAACGCAUAAAUCCUGAGAAACACGUUGGAUUGCUGCAAUUAUUUAUUUUACUCACCUAAUAUGUCGCAAUGGAACAAUGUGAUAAAUAUGUAACACAUAUUGCUUUCAUCUUUUUAUAAAGUUUAAAGGAAUAUAUCAAUCGGACAAUAAAACAUUGCUAAUAGUUGUUUCUAUUUCCACUACAUUGGUAGAGUUGUUGCUAUGUUUCCUAAAUUAGUAGCGUUUUGCUUUUUCCACUAAGUUAGUAGAGUUGUUGCUAUUUCCACUCACUAAGUUAGUAGAGUUUUUGCUAUUUCCACUCACUAAGUUAGUAGAGUUGUUACUAUUUCCACUCGCUAAAUUAGUACAGUUUUGCUAUAUCCGCUCGCUAAAUUUGUACUGUUUGCUAUUUCCACCCGCUAUUUCAACUAAAUUAGUAGAGCUGAUGGGAAAAGCACACGAAUCAUGAUUCUAAUUCUAAAUGUCAUAACACUUGCAAUGACUCUAUUCAAAAUUGUUAUAAAAUAGCGUUAGCGUUUUAUAAAUAAAUACGUACAUUAAAAUCUGUUCUGUUUUUUUUAAUCAAUGGAUUGAAACGAAAUAUUGCUUAAAUCUCAUAUUUGCACUGGUAAAAGACAAUGACAACAGUUUUCACAUAUUCUGUUAGAAAUUUGUUUAAAAAACAAAAAUACCAAUUAAAUAAUGUUAGAUCCCUAUAGAAAAUGUGCAUUAUGUUUCUUUUAAUGACACUUUGUAAUUACCUCCCAAAAAGUGGACUAUUUCUUUUGAUAGCGAUAUAAUUCCUUGUUAUACAUUUGUAUUAAGUAGAUAAAUAUUGGCAUAUUUCAACAACCUGUAAUAAAAGGCAAGUUUUGAAAAUGAUUGUAGCUACUGAAUUCAUAAAUUUUCAUUCUUUCUUGGUUGCGAAGCCGAGAUAGACAAAGGGAGGUAAUAAUAAUUAAAUAAAAUUGCAUUUCAUAUGAAUUUUGGCAAAAUAUGUACUUGUCAAUGCAAAUCAAUCUCUGACAACUUAAUACAAAAAUGCUUAUAUUUAUAUUAUUCUUAGGCAAAAUAUUUUAAUUUAAUUUAUACCCAUGCUAAAAUUACGCUAUCUUGGUUGGGCAAAAUCAAAUUUCAAAAAAUACUUCCGGAGAGAAUCUGACGUGCGAGUAUACACAAUAUUUAAAUGAUCAGAUGGCUAAGUUUUGAACAAAUCCAUUAGCUCAACCACCUUUAACUGUUAUAUCUACAUUUUAAAUGUGUCACCAAAAAUAUUCUUUGCAUACUUUAUUCUUCACAGAAGCAUGUAAGAUGUUAUAUUAAUUGCUCUUGUCGACCGCUCUAAUAUCAACACAGUAAAAUAAAUAUCUUUCAUUCCUUUUUUUUCUGAAAACAAUAAUCUAUAAAUAGACUUAAAACCCAGGGAAAAUCCAUGUAUAUAUAGGUUACUGAUACGGCCACCAUUCAUUCGACAGAAAUACGCCAGUACCAGUUUUUGCGCAACAAAUAUAUCAUUUUUCGAAAACAUAUGUCAGAAAAUUAAAAACAAUAGCAUACAUAAUAGUUAUUUUACGCUAGAAGAUAAGAUAAACAGCAAAGGUUAACAACUCGUACGAAUGAUAGAAUGUAAACAUGAAAUACUAUAAAUCCCGCACGAUAACUCAAACGAUGACAUGUCUAGUUUACCUGGUUAAUUUCUUUUUUUCAUUAAGAAAAAUUGUGCAUCUACUUCAUGACUAUUGUGAUAUAAUACACUUUAUAUGAUGUAUUUGCUCUAAUAUUUGACCUCCCUCCUGUAUCACUGAUUUACCACAUCCUUCCAUAAAUUCUUUUUCUUUUGAAUAAAAGAGUACUUGUAUACAUGUAUUUUGA